UUUCUUUUGCUGUGCCACUGUGCCAAAAGCCUUGAAUCAAUAAUUCUAUUUAAUCCUUCAUCAACUCUUUCUCUUCAUUUCAUGUUCCCAUGUUCAUUCAAAAUUGCGCAAUGAGACUUAUAUAUAUAUAUUUACAAUAAUUAUUAUCUAUCAUGGUCUCUUGUUCAAAAUACUUAAUGUUAAUGCUGAUAGAAGACCCACAAUCAUCAACAUUGGAGCUGUUUUCAACUUCAACUCAACCAUCGAAGAAGUUGCCGCUAUUGCCAUUCAAGCCGGAGCAGAUGAUGUUAAUGCUGAUCCUACUAUUCUUCAAGGAUCAAAACUUGCUGUUAUGAUGCACGAUAGUAAGUGUAAUGGUUUUAUUGGCAUGGUUGAAGCAUUCCAACCAAUAAAAGUUGUCCACAUGUAACUGCGUCCUACAUGGCAGCUUCUUCUCAGCAUUUAUGAACACACUUCUUGAGAGCUACCCAACAGCUGAUCCCUUACAAACAGUGAAAGCAUCUCUAAAGCAAUCGAUUGUGAAGAGCAUUUGCCUUUGCUUCCGACCGAGUCUACAAUUCUUUAUUUCUUUCCCUUAUCGUUUAGCUUUUUAUUGUGACACUCCACUAAAAGCCUUGAAUCAAAAACUCUAUUAAAACCUUCAUCAACUCUUUCUCUUCAUGUCAUGUUUGAUCUUGCCAUGUUUAUGCAAAAUUGCGAAAUGAGGCUAAUACAUCCACUUACAAUAAUAAGUAUUUAUUAUUGUCUUUUCUUCAUAAUACCUAAUGUUAAUGCUAGUACAAGACCUGCUAUCAUCAAUGUUGGAGCUGCUUUCAACUUCAACUCAACCAUCGGAGACGUCGCCACUAUCGCCAUUCAAGCCGGAAUAGAUGAUGUUAAUGCAGAUCCUACUAUUCUUCGGGGAUCAAAACUUGUUAUUAACAUGCAAGAUACUAAGUGCAAUGGUUUUAUUGGCAUGAUUGGAGCUUUGAAGCUUAUGGGGAAGCACAUUGUGGCAGUGGUUGGUCCUCAAUGCUCAAUUAUAGCCAAUAUAAUCUCUCAUAUAGCCAAGGAACUCAAAGUGCCACUCCUCUCCUUUGCCGCCACAGACCCUACAUUCUCUUCCUUGCAAUACCCUUACUUUAUCCGCACAACCUUAAGUGAUGUCUUUCAAAUGCAAGCAGUGUCAGACUUUGUACACCACUACAAAUGGAGACAAGUCAUUGCCAUCUUCAUGGAUGAUGAAUACGGCCGUAAUGGUGUCAUAGCGUUAGCUGAUAAGCUAGAAGAAAGACAGUGCAAGAUCUCUUUCAAGGCUGCAUUGCCUCUAGAUGCCAACCAGACUGAUAUUGCCUCGCUAUUAGUUGGAGUUGGCCAAAUGGAGACUAGAGUCAUAGUCCUACAUGCUAACCAGAUCACUGGAGUGACCAUCCUCACUGUGGCACAGUCUUUAGGAAUGAUGCAAAAAGGUUAUGUUUGGAUUGCAACAGACUGGCUUGCAUCAAAGUUAGAUUCAAGAGGACCACUUGCACCGCAAGUCAUGCAAGCAAUACAAGGUGUUGUUUUUUUAAGGCAACAUAUAGAAGAAUCAGCGAAAAAAACCCAGUUUGUUUCAAGGUGGAGUAAGUUAGUGAAAAAGCAAACCAAAGAGAAGCUUCAACUAAAUUCUUAUGGGUUGUAUGCUUAUGACAGUGUGUGGGUACUCGCUAGAGCAUUGGAUGAAUACUUGAAUGAUGGUGGUAAUAUUUCAUUUUCAAGUGAUCCUAAUCUUCAAGCUAGUGAUGGAAGGUCUGGUCAUUUGAAUUUAAAAGCCAUGGCAAUAUUUAAUGGAGGUGAAAUUUUGUUAGAAAAGAUAAAGAAUAUUAGCACUAAUGGGGUCACAGGUUUGAUUCAAUUUGAUCAAGAUGGAAAUCGAAUUCAUCCUGCAUAUGAUAUUGUGAAUGUGAUUGAUUCUGAACUCAAGAUUGUUGGCUAUUGGUCAAAUUACUUAGGAUUAUCAGUUAAUCCUCCUGAAAAACUUUACUCCAAACCUUCUAAUUAUUCAAGUACAAGUCAACAACUUGGGGAUGUGGUUUGGCCUGGAAGAUAUAAAAUGAACCCAAGAGGUUGGAUUUUUGCAAAGAAUGGGAAGGAGUUAAGACUUGUGGUUCCUAAUAGAUUUAGUUUCAAGGAAUUUGUGUCAAAAAAUAUGGAAACCGGAGAAAUUGAAGGUUAUUGUAUUGAUGUUUUUACUGCUGCAAUUAAAUUGCUGAAUUACCCUGUUCCUUAUAAGUUCAUUUCUUAUGGAGAUGGGCGAAGCAAUCCGAAUUAUGGUGAUCUUGUUCAAAAGGUUUCGUCUAAUGAAUUCUAUGGUGCUGUUGGAGACAUUGCCAUUGUGACAAACAGAGCAUUGUUUGUGGAUUUUACAUUACCGUUCAUCGAGUCUGGACUUGUUGUUGUUGCACCCGUAAAGAAGUACAACUCAAAUGCUUGGUCGUUCACAAAACCAUUCACAAAUAACCUUUGGUUUGCCACAGUCUCAUCCUUUCUAUUAACAGGGAUAGUAAUGUGGAUACUUGAACGACGGGAUAACCAAUGCUUUCGUUCAAGUGGUAGCCUGAAAGAGCAAAUUGUGACUAUUCUUUCAUUUGGCUUUUUAACAGCGUUCUUCGCUCACGAGGAGUCUAUGAAGACCACACUAGGAAAAAUCCUACUGCUCAUAUGGCUCUUUGUGGUGCUAAUCAUUCAAGCCAGUUACACAGCAAGCUUGACUUCAAUCCUAACAUUGCAACAGCUCUCAACACCAAUAAGAGGGGUUGAAUCAUUGAGAUCAACUAGUUAUCCAAUUGGAUACCAAGUGGGUUCAUUUGCAGAGUCAUAUAUGGUGGAAGAGCUGCAGAUUCCAAGGUCCAGGCUGAAAGCUCUUGGUUCACCUGAAGAGUAUGCUAAAGCCCUUGAACUUGGCCCUGAUAAUGGAGGUGUUGCUGCUGUUGUGGAUGAACGCCCUUAUGUUGAGCUUUUCCUUUCAACAAACUGUCAAUUCACCAUUGUUGGCUCUGAGUUUACUAAAGAAAGCUGGGGCUUUGCAUUUCCAAAGGAUUCACCAUUCACAAUAGACAUGUCAACAGCUAUUCUGAAAUUGUCAGAGAAUGGAGAACUCCAAAGAAUCCAUGAUAAAUGGGUAACGAACAAAAUGUGCAGCCCCACAGAGGAAAAACUGGAAUAUGAAAGGCUUCAUUUAAGCAGCUUCUGGGGGUUGUUUCUCAUCAGUGCUGUGGCAAGCGUCCUUGCUAUCCUUGUCUACCUCUCCAUCACUUUCUACCAAUAUGUUCAUGAGGAACAUCGUAAUAGGACUAUAAAAAAUUUUCUAUCUUAUAUCAAUAACAUAAAAAUCACUAAGACGAAUCCCACACGAAGUCAAUGUCAGAGGUCUAACAGCAGCAUUUCUAGCUUUGACACUUGAUUAAGUUCAAUUAUGUGCUUAUGUCUUGUUGAAACCACAAUAAUAGCAGUUGGUGACAGGUCUGUUUUGACCAAGUUCAUAUUGUUAGUGGGUUUAAUAGUUGUUAAGUCUUCUUAUUAACUAAUGAUAGUAGGGUUUGGUGAUGGUUUCUAAAUCUUCUUGUUUACUAUUGAUAGAUGGGUUUAUUUGUUUGAGUUGUAGAGUGAGAGGAGAAAAAUGUGUCUUUGCCCAAUUGGUAGUGUAUGCCUAUAUAAGGCUCAUUAAUUUCAUUAAGGGGUUGUUUGGUUGCAUAUAAAUAGAUGUAAGUGGCUGUAAAGUAAGUGAUUUUACAUAUAAAAGUG